CCCACCGCCAACCUUUGCCUUUCAGCAGUUGCGCCCUGAUACGACAGGCAGGCACCCACUCAGCAGGAACCGUCCGAGCUUUCUGUUUCCAUUAAAAACCCGCACCCGCGCCCGCACUCAAGCUUCCACCUGAGCCCUAACUGCUCCCCUACACCAUCACUACCACCACCACAACACCGUCUGCCAGAGCCCACCAGCAUCACUACCAGUACCAGCUAUCCAUCAACCAACCGCCAUCAUGCCGCGCCCACCCAAGAGCAACAAGGUCGCCGAGAUCGUUAAGCCAGUCAUCGCUGCGCCUGGCCCUGCGAGGGUCAUUGACGUCGACAAUUUCAUCCGUGUCCGCGAUUCGGUCUACCAACGUCUCUCCACCAUCCAGGACUUGAUUAAGAGCUUCAGCCAAGACUACUUGCGUCAGACCAACCUUCUCCUCGGAGAGGGCACCACUCUCGAGAAUGGCGGUGAUCUCGAGCACCUCCAGACCUCCUUAACCGGCAUGCUCCCCGGCUUCUUGGUUGCUCCGCAGCCCAUGGUCGAGGAGAAGAAGGAGCGCAAGAAGCGUACCCACGACCCCAACGCUCCCAAGCGUCCCUUGACCCCUUACUUCCUCUACAUGCAGACUGCUCGCCCCAUCAUUGCCAAUGAUCUGGGCGAGGAGGCCCCCAAGGGUGCCGUUCAGGAAGAGGGCCAGCGCCGCUGGUCCGUUAUGGGUGCUGCCGAGAAGCAGGGAUGGAACAACGCUUACCAGUACAAUCUCCGCCUCUACAACGCCCGUGUGCACUCCUACAAGCACGGCAAUGCCAACGCCAAGAACAUGACCGAUGACGAGGCCCUCAAGUAUGCUGAUGAGUACAAUAUCGAGAUGCCCACUGCUGCUCAGGUCGAGGAGGUCCCCACCGACCAGGACGCCAUUGCUCAGCAGCUGCAGCAGAACGUUGUGCCCGAGGUUUCUGAAGAAGAGGAGGAGCAGCAGCAGCAGCAGCAGCAACCGGUUCCCGUUUCCAAGACCCCCAUCAAGAAGAAGGACACCCGCAGGCGCAAGACUGCCACUCCCGCUGAGGAGGCCGAGCCCGCUAAGCCCGUGGUCGCCCCCGCUAGCCCAGAGAACAAGAAGCGCAAGCGGAACGUCAAGGCGGCUGAGGUGGAGGAACCUAAGAAGUCGGGGCGCAAGAAGACCAAGGCCUAGAAGCGCUCUUAAUCCACCUCACGCUUGUCCCUUGCCGGGUUCUUUCAUGAUACCUCGUGGCAAACAACCUGGGUUGUUUUCCUUUUCAUUUUCAUUUCCGUUGUACGAUACCCUCCCUCUAUUAAAGGAAAGGGG